GCUUGAUUCUGGGAACAUUGAACUCUCUGUAGCUGAUCUUUGAUGUUACAAUUGAAUUUUGUCAGGAGCAGAAUCUGUAACCUUCCUGUCUGAAUUUGAAGCCUCAGAGAUGAUAGUGAAGGCAAACGCAGGUACAGUAACAAACUUCGAGGUGCUUGAUUUGCUUAACUCAAAAGGUGCAUCAAAGGAUACUACAAGAGUUAUGGGCCUUAAGGAUAAAGUUUCUAGCUCAGAGUACAAGGUCUAUGAUUAUUUGAUGGAGACUGCUGCUUCCACUCAGACGCGAGAGAGUGUUACCAAAUUCUCUGACAAGUGCAAAGAUUUUAAGCUUGUUAAAGCUGAGAUUCUCAAUAUCAUCAAUCUCAGGCCAUCUUCUGAUGUUGAAUUGACGCCGAUCAUAGAGAAGCCUGAUGAACGUGAAAUCGACACAGAAGGGAUACUAGAGCUCGUGCAGCAGCUGCUACCGCCUCUUCCUACACUGGAAAGCGAACAAGAGGAAACAGAGAACGCUGAACAAGAGGAAACUGCAGUUUAAUUUUGAGAUAUUAUAUCAAGUCUUUCAAGAUACAUGCUUAAUUUCCCACUAAUUCAUUAUUUGAAUAGCAACCCUAUUUUUGAACUUAAAGGUCAAAGCCAAUCAAAACUUGGAGAAACAUGUCCAGUUUCAAUGUUCACUCAAGGAAUGAUUGCACGACCAAACAAUUACUGAAACUAUUUUUUAUAU